AUGAGGUGUCGUGAACAGCUGAGGUGAUUUCCGCAGAAUUAUCAUACACAAAUGACCUAUGAUUUGCCCCUAUAAAAAGACGGCGGCAAAGCCCUUGAAAGUCAUAAUCAGCGUGCCAAGCAAUCAAACCGCAGCAAGGCAAAGCUUUCAUCAUCCCACGACUUGUGAGAACGUCAGCUGGAAAUAUGAGCGAGAGCAAAGCUAAAUCGCUGCCCGGCCCGUGGGGGUUGCCAAUAUUGGGUAACCUUCUAAACCUCGGCAGUGACGAACCGCACGUAGGUCUGAUGAAAUUAGCCAAGGAAUACGGUAACGUCUAUCAGAUUCGACUCGGCAGUCGACCUGUGGUUGUACUUUGUGGCCAGGAGGCUAUUAGAAGUGCACUUGUACACCAGCCAGUGGCUUUUGCGGGUAGACCUGAUUUAGCAUCCUUUCAAUUUAUUCGUAAGAACACAGAGGCAACCGUUGCAUUUCAGACAAACGAUGCAACAUGGAAAUUGCAUCGUAAACUAGCUGAAUCCUCAAUUCGAUUCUUCGUCUCAGGACAACGAAAAUCAAGCAUAGAAUCAACAGUGACACAAGAGGUUCAAGAACUCAUCAAUUACUGGACAAACAAUAACAACAAUGAUGAUAACAUGCAGAUUGACCCCGUUAAUGUCAUCAAACUUUCAGUGAGUAACGUAAUGUUGUGGUGCAUCCUCGGUAAACGACAUUCGCUCGAUGAUUCUAGACUUCGUGAAUUUGUCUCGAAAUCGGACGACUUCGCGGUCGCGGUUGGCAGCGGAAACAUCGCAGACUUUAUGCCUUGGGUUCGUUUCGUCACCGUUCGUACAACACAGAACCUCAAGAAACUACUUAAUACAUUCCGUGGAUGGUUCAUUCCAUACAUCGAGGAGCACCGCCGUGAGUAUGAACAGGACUCCGAGAAGGAUAUCCUUGAUUACCUCGUCACAUCGUCCAACAAACUAGAUGAUGCUGAUCUUCAGCAGCUCGGGGUGUCCCGUGAAGCAUUGCAAAUAUCAACAGUAUUCGACCUAUUUGGAGCAGGGUUUGAUACUACAUCAGCUACCAUCACCUGGCAAUUGUACUACGCCAUACGUCAUCCUGAUGUCAUUGCCCGAGUCCAAGCCGAGCUCGACGAGGUCCUCGGGCGAGACUGUCUACCAAACCUCGCCGCACGUGAUCAUCUUCCACUGACUCAGGCGUUCCUCCUAGAGACCUUCCGUCACUCAUCGGUGGUACCGUUCACCAUCCCACACAGUACGACCUCAGACACCACUCUUCUUGGUUAUCAUAUCCCAAAAGACACUGUGGUUUUCGUCAACCUUUACUCUGUUCACCAUGAUCCAGAUACUUGGCACCGACCAUCAGAUUUCAAUCCAGAUCGUUUCAUUGACAAGGAGACUGGUCUCCUUGAUAAGACCAAGGUGGAUGCUAUCAUGCCAUUCGGAGCUGGGAGGAGGCGAUGCAUUGGUGCUGAGAUGGGUCGUAUCCAAUCAUUUCUUUACUUUGCCAUUUUGAUACACCAGUGCAAUAUCAGUUCCUUAGACAAGGCAUCACUGGACAGUAAGCCAAUCUAUGGUCUCACCAUGCGACCACCACCAUUCAAAAUCUGUGUGGCUAGGAGGUAGGCAUACGAACAGAAAAUGGACUGAAAACAAGUCAUUUUCAUAAUUCUAAAAACUUUCAAUAUCGAUAAGAAAACUUAAUUUUUGCUCACAUUGUCCUUACAAGAGAUGUGCCUACAUGUACAUUUUUAAUUUCCCUUUAACAACGUUAUAUCAUUGGAGAAUACACUGACUGUAUUUUUUGUUUGAAGUUUUAUGGCUUUACAUACAGUAUUUUUUUUAUCUUUUGUAAUUUUGUAACAGACAGGAACCGAGAAUAAUCUUGAGCAGCAAUAUCGAAUGAAGACUAUUACUUUCAUAGAGAUAAACUACUUACCAAAAAGCCAUAAGAAUUUUAUUUUGCUUAUCUUUUCUUUGUAAUUUAUACAUGUGUCAUACUAGUCAGUUUUUAUAUUUCAAAAAAUAAACAAUGGUGGUCAGCGUUUUACAGUUAUACUGUAUUAUUAAUUAGAUAACAUUGUACUUAUAAGGCAAAUACAUAUUCGAUCGGACCUCGGCUUUCAUGAAUAUAAACACAAUCUGGAGUUACAAAAUUUGUUAUUAACUGUAUAUGAUGAUUGAAACAUGGUAAUCUCUAUUGAAGUCGGAAGUUUAUCUUUACACUAUUUUCUUCUUACAUCCAGGGGGCGGGGGGGGGGGGGCUUCAGCCCCCGCACUUUUUCCCAAAGCCCCCCCCCCCUUCAAAACCGUUCCGCAGCCCCUGACAUCAAACGAGCUAAAAAAUCACUUGAUUUUCACAUGGUGUUCGUAGAAACAAUAUGCUGUGAACAACAGUGGAUUUUUGACAAGAACAACUAAUCAGAACGCUCAGGUAUCUGAUUGUUGAUUUGCUAAAUUUGUUCGAAAGUAUCGAUAAAAUGUGAAUAUUUUGUAUUGUAAAUAUCAACGGGAUCGUAUUUGUGUAUAUUUGGUAAUUGUAAAAUCGUAUUUAUUCAAUGUAAAUACAAACUUUCCUAUUCAGGCAUUUACAUAUUCAAAUAUACAAAGGAUUGACAAUGAAAAAAAUAGUAUUUUACUGCCAUUAUGUUCAAAAUUUAUUUUUUUGCUGAUUUACAUUGUUUUGAAUUUUUGUUAUUGUUAUUAUAUAGAGGUGUAAUAACGAAAUUUCAAACCAAACCCCCGCCUGCGCAUGGUUAAUGGUAUCGCACAGAGAUCAGCAUGGAAAUGAUGACGAAAGCUAAACCAUCUGUUUGAAAUGGGUUUGAGAUUGAUAAAUUGAACACUCAUCUAUAUUCAAAUCCAAACAAACAUGCAGAUGGCAUUUGUUUGUAUGUUAAAGAAUUCGAAACAGAAGACCUUCACUUAUUAUUUUGUUGUGGUCUAGUUUAUAUAUUAUUGUAUUGUAUUUUGUCUAUAGGCGUAUCCCGCCACAAGCCCCAGCUUUUAGGGUAUACGCCUUCUUCUUUAAACCCAACAUGUACAUAUUUAUGUUCUUCAUAACAAAUUGAUUUUUGUAUGAAUUAUUGUUUACGAAAAAUGCAAUGAAAUGGAAGAAAAUAAAUGUUUAUUUAAAUUUAAUUGAAAAAAAUUGAAUCAUAAGACAUAAUAUACUUUCAAAAUGUAUCUGGGGGAUUUCGUUGAUGGAAAGGUUUAUAUACAAAGCUACAUUUAAUCUAUACUUUUCGAAGAAAAUAAAGACUUAAAAUUUUGA